CAAUCAGUAAAAAAAGAGAGUUUCUACAAAAAAAAAAAACAAUUUAAAAUGGUGGGAAAAUUCUUACAAGCCUUCCUCGUAAUCGGAGCACUAGCAGCUUGUGUUCGGUGUGAAAUCAACAUAAGAACCUUCACUCAGCCCUUGGAUCAUUUUGAUGAAAGCGGAACUAAAACCUGGGACAAUACCUACUACAUUGAUGAAUCCUUCUACAAACCCGGUGGACCGAUUUUCGUCUACGUAGGCGAUAUGCAAUUCUUCAGUACAUACGCUCGCCUCAGUUCAAGUCACUUCACUGAUAUAGCCAGGGAAGUUGGAGCAUUACUUGUCGGAACUGAGCAUAGAUACUUCGGCAACAGUCAUCCUGUUCCUGAUCUUUCAGUUAACAAUCUUGCCUAUAUGACAACUUCGCAAGCUUUGGAAGACAUAGCUGCUCUCAUCCGCUACAUUAGAUCAUCUUCACCCUAUCUAGAAAAAGCCAAAGUCAUUGCAGCAGGAAUGGGACAAGGAGGUGCUCUGGCAACGUGGUUAAGACAAGGAUAUCCUGAUCUAAUUCACGCCGCAUGGGCAUCAAGUGCUAAACUCAAUGCUGUACUGAAUAACGAAAAAUUCCUAACAACAACUGCGGAGUCUGUAAAAAUCUACGGAGGACUCCUCUGCUACGAUCGAAUGGCGAAGGCUUUCUCUAUGCUUGAAGACAAGUUUCAAGGACGAGAUUUCACACAACUAAUGGAAAUCUUUAAAAUGUGUCCAAAUAAUGAUGAUUUUGAUGACGAAGUAGCUGGAGCUCUCUUCUUUGGGACAUUAGCAACAACCAUUGGGGUGUACAUUGGACAACUCCACGCACCGGGAAUUACGAGUUUCUGUGGCUUUUUGGAGAAAGGUGAAGACCCGAUGAAGGGUCUCUCCGAUUGGUACUACAAUGUUAUUCACAGGGCACAGGGUUGUGUUCCAGGCAGCAUAGAUGACCGCAUUGGUAUCUACAUGGAUUCUCAUUGGUCUUCUGCUGGUGCUCAAUCAGGGGGUCGUCAACAACUUUGGCAGAUUUGCAAUGAAUUCGGCUGGUUCAGAUCUUCCGAUGCACCCGAUCAUCCCUUCGGAAACCGUUUCCCAUAUCGCGUAAUGUUUGAACAAUGUGGCUUUCUUCUCAAUUGGACAAUGACGAUUGAUGAUGCACAAAAGAAAAUUGACAAUACCAACGCCUUAUUCGGUGGACUGAGUCCUAAAGUAACCAGAGUUUACUUCACAAAUGGCGAACUACAUUCGGAUAAAUCGCUUUCAGUCUUGCAAGAUCUUAAUGAUGAAGCCCCUGCUGAUGUUAUUCCUUACUUUGGAUACGGAGCUGAUUUUAUGUCCAUGGACACAACAACUAAUGCAGGUCUCAGACGUAUUCAAGAACGCGUUAGAAGUCUUAUACUCCAAUGGUUAGCAACAGACAAUUGAGAAAUAAUUGCAACUAAUAUCAACUAUAUUGGAACUCUUUCGCAAACAAAAUGAAAUGUUUAAAAUACUGACACAUUUCAUAAAAAUGAUGAUAAAUGUAUUCCCAAAAAUAUAAUAUCCAAACAUUAAAAAUAUAUCCUUUUAAGCAGCAA